GAUGUAUCGUAAUGUCAAAAUUUUAUUACGUCAAUGUUGACUUGUAUAUUUGGUUGAAUAUUAACCUUCAAUUAAGGGAGUAGUAACAAAUACGUCCUCGUAUUAUAUCAAAUGGAAUUUCAAGACAAAGUUGUGUUAAUAACCGGCGCCAGUUCCGGCAUCGGCGCUGCCACUGCUAUAUACUUGUCUAAGCAGUCUGCAAAACUGGCCUUGGUCGGUCGAAAAGCAAAUAAUUUAAAAGCAAUCGGUGUGUAUUGUCUAAAAGCAAAAGGUAUUCUGCCGUUAACAAUUACCGCAGAUCUUACAGAAGAUGCUGAUGUUGAAAGAAUCGUAAAGGAAACUAUCGAUCAUUUUGGCAGACUUGACGUGUUGAUAAACAAUGCUGGCAUCGUUCUUAUGGGUGGAUUGAAAAACUCAAAUAUGGAAAUUUAUGAUAAAGUGAUGUCGACAAACAUGAGAUCCGUUUACCAUUUAACAAUGGUCGCAACCCCGCACCUAAUAGAAAGUAAAGGUUGUGUAGUGAACAUUUCUAGCGUCUCUAGCACUAUGGCAAGCGCAAUGUCGACGGCCUACAAUAUAUCCAAAGCGGCACUCGAUCAUUUUACGAAAUGCGCGGCGUUGGAACUAGCCCCCGAUGGCGUCAGAGUUAACUCCGUUAACCCAGGUUUUGUGAAGACAAAUCUAUACAAAAAUGUAGGCCUAAGUGAGGAUCAAUUGAAUCUAGUGGCGCAGAAUAUGGUGGGAAAAAAUCCAAUGAAGAAGGCAAUCGAAGGAGAAGAGGUCGCCGUAUUAAUUGCAUUUCUAGCCAGUGACAAAGCGAAAAGUAUUACCGGAUGUAACUACAAUAUUGAUGCAGGCAGAUUGUUAAAUUCAUAAUUUAUACGAAAAUUAAUGUUUUAAAUCCAUAUUUAUAUUUAUUUAGCAAAACGUUCCACUCUGGGUAUUAUUGAGAUUACGAAAUAUUUAAUAGUCAUAUAUUAAUGCUUUAUUUACAAAACGCUUAUUAGGUUAAAUCAAA